CUCCCUGAAAAAUCCCCUAACUCUGCCAAAGCUGUGAGAUUUUGAGGCCAGCAAGAAAUGUACAGACCUAAGUGAGGCGUGCUCAGGUUGUGGUUCACGUUUUAGGCAGUGCUGCAGGAAUAGGCCACGGGGCAGCUGUGCCAGAGGGAGAAGGGACUGCCAGGAACCAUCCCUGUGACCUCCUUGGAUGAUGUGAGCGGCUGCUGGAUCUGGCAUGUGGAUUCAUUCUGCUCAGGUUGGCCUUGACCAUAUGAACUAAAAGAUGGUGCUGAAGUCCAGGAUGACACAAGAAGCAAAACUCCAGAGUUUAAAAGAGUGGGAAGUGGGAACAAAGUAACCCAGUGAGAUCUGGCAAACAUGUCUGGCAAGCCAGUGUGCAUUGCAGAUUUUGAGGAGUAUGCGAAAACCUUUCUGCCCAAAUCCGUGUACGAUUAUUACCGAUCUGGGGCGGAUGACCAGGAAACACUGGCUGAUAAUGUCGCAGCGUUUUCCAGGUGGAAGCUGUACCCCCGGGUGCUCAGGGACGUCUCGGUGAUGGACCUGUCCACCUCUGUUCUGGGCCAGAGGGUCACGGUGCCCGUGUGCGUGGCCGCCACCGCCAUGCAGCGCAUGGCUCACCCCCACGGAGAGACGGCGACUGCCAGAGCCUGCCAGGCCGUGGGGACAGGGAUGAUGCUGAGCUCCUGGGCCACCUCAUCCAUCGAGGAGGUGGCUGAGGCAGCUCCGGCCGGCCUUCGCUGGCUGCAGCUGUACGUGUACAAGGACCGGGAGGUCACGGAGUCGCUGGUGAGGCGCGCGGAGAGAGCCGGCUACAGAGGGAUCUUCAUCACCGUGGACACCCCGUACCUCGGCCGGCGCGUCGCCGACGUGCGCAACAAGUUCCAGCUCCCGCCGCACCUCAGAUUAAAAAACUUCUCCAGCAGUGACCUGGCAUUCUCCUCAGGGAAAGACUUUGGAGAAAACAGCGGGCUGGCUGUGUACGUUGCUGAGGCCAUCGAUGCCAGUGUCAACUGGGAGGACAUCAAGUGGCUGCGGGGGCUGACCUCGCUGCCCAUCGUGCUGAAAGGGAUCCUCAGGGCUGAUGAUGCCAAAGAAGCUGUAAAGAUUGGGGUAAAUGGGAUCCUGGUGUCAAAUCAUGGAGCACGACAGCUUGAUGGGGUCCCUGCUACUAUUGAUGUCUUGCCUGAAAUUGUGGAGGCUGUGGAGGGGAAGGUGGAGGUGUUCCUGGAUGGUGGUGUAAGAAAAGGCACGGAUGUUCUCAAGGCAUUGGCUCUUGGUGCCAAAGCUGUUUUCAUUGGGAGACCUGUCCUCUGGGGAUUGGCUUAUCAAGGUGAAGAAGGAGCAAAAGAAGUUCUCCAGAUGCUGAAGGAAGAGUUUCGCCUGGCAAUGGCACUGACAGGAUGCCGGAGAGUAGAAGAAAUUGGCAGGACACUGAUCCGAAGACAUCAAGUAUUGUUCUCCAAGAUUUAGGUCUGAAGACUCUUGCCUUGUGCGCUGCCUGUUGUGCUUCCAGACAAAAUCCAACUGCAUUCCCUCUGUGGAAUCCCUCUCCUGCAAUCCUGACUGAGGGAAUGCUCUCCUCUGUAGGAGAUCACUUGUUGAAGAAAGAACUCAAAGCAAAUUUUACAGGUGUUUCCAAAUCUCUCGGGCUCUUAAGGAAAGCUGCUACACUGGGAGGUGUGAUUAGAGAUGGGCCUUUACAUAAGACCAGCGUAGACACUUCAAUCUCAAAUGCUGAUAAUUAAUUUCCAUGCCUGGGAGUAAUUUAGCUGUUAAAGUGAAACUAUAAACAGAAAUGUUUUGAUAGCAAACAGAAAUGCUGAAUUUUUAAAUGGAAAAGAUGCUUCUUGCUCACUGUUUAGAGAAACUAGACUGUAGAUUGUAGAGAUUAAAUCUUGCUUUCUUAUGAACAGAGUGUCCUUUCCCUAGUGACUUUAUAAGCAUCUGGGCUUGUGGCACGUAGACUUUAGGAGCCCAGAGGACUCUUCAUUGUAAGGAACCACAGAGCAAAGCAAAAUUGGGGAAAAUUGGGGAAAUUCAGCCAUUUAAAUGGCACAAGCUCCUCUGCAAUCAGACAGCUGUUAUGUACAAGCAUUGGAUGUACAUCAGUUCCUAGGCUAAUGCAAAUCCCUGUAGCCCAAACUGUGCCAGCUGCAUCCACCUGGAGCUCCAAGUCACAUUUUUCACCUGGAUUGAUUUGCUAACAGUGGCAAGGGAAGGCUGAUGCUACCUGGGGGAGUUUGUAGAAUUUGCAGCCAUGUGAAAAAGGGAAACUUGAAUAAUUGAGCCAUUAACCCAUGACUUGGGAAGAGCCUAGUGGUUCUAUUGAGUUUCCAUGCACACCCUUAAGUCAGAUAAAUCUUUGUGUUCUUCACUCUGCUUAUGAUGAGGAUGCAGAGACACACAGGAUCUGUGCCUCUGUUCUCUAAACAAUCCAAAUAUCCACUGAAUUCAGGAGAAAUUUUACAACAGUAAAGAAAGAGGUAAGACUAUACUGUUCUCAUCUUGGGUAAAACCAAGUGUAGCUCUUCACCUGCCUCAUAUCCCUUGCAGGUAUGGCGGUAUUACAGGGAGCAGGGAGAGGGCACACAGGUUUUGAACAUCUUGCUGUGAAAAUUUAAUGUUCAUUAUUAAAGAUGACUGAAAAAGAGAAAAAACUCCUCAUGUCAUGGUUUCACUGACAUCACCAGCUCCACCAUUUGUUUCCCAUCAGCCUCAUGCAUUCUGACUCUCCCGCUUUGCUCAGUUUGAAAUAUCCCUUACUGAGCUUUAGAGGCAGCUUUGUAAUGAAAUGAUGGAAUAUUAUAAUGUGAACUAAAGCUGGGGCUGGAACUCGAAAUGGGGAGAAAACCCAAAAGGCCACAUGCUUGCCCUCCAGUUGUAAAAUUUGUACUCUUAUUUACUGCAGAAUGUGGUCUGUUGUGUGAGAGUUGCGUAGCAACAAAAUAAAGUUUAUCUGUGCAAGGAAAUAUGAAUGUUUCUCAGAGCACAGAGAAGCAUGAUUUCUGCUGUUUACUGCACUUAUCAUAUCUGUUGCAAUGUGGACUGUGUCAGAUGUCAAUUACGGACUAACUUCGGCAAGACUGUUUAUUUGAGAUAAUAUAAAUGUUACUUAAAAGACAGGGGCAUAAUAUCUUAUGUUUACAUGUUUAAGAUCUAUUUCUAAAGCUCAGAAGAUGCAGUUUCCUGUCUUUGCCCCAACCAGAUUCAAGGAAAGUUCUGAAACUCGGUGGUUCAAUAGAAGUUCUGAUGGUGAGGAAACCGAUUUCAUUACUUGUGCGUAAUUCACUGUUUCUAGUUCCUCUGGGAUAAGGGGUUUAUAUUGUUUUUUCCUGCCUGUUAUCUGAGAAUCUUCUGACUGCCUUCCAGUUCAACCCUAGUAAGACUAGACAAGCAUUAAAAACUAGAAUUUAAGCCAAA